GCUUCUCCUUCGCUGCCAACUCCCACUCCCGGCACCCAACCAGGAUCGAGUGGUGACGGUGAUGCUGCAUCACUUCAUGGCUCGCGUGGAAGUGACGGUGCUCAUGUUCCACGGGAACAGGAAAAUAACAACCGUGCAGAUCGAGAGCAAACGCAUACUCCUGACAGUGAGCAAGAAGAAGGAAAGAGGCACGGAACUACAAAUGAAUCACAUAUCAGUUCUUCUGCUGAGACCAGUAAAAGUGAUGCGGAUGCCAAAGAGAAGGAAACUCCGCAGGAACAGACACCCGUUUCACGAGAAUCUCAACCAGACACCAACACACGUGAGUCUAAUAACGCGGACCCCACGAACUCUGACAAUCCCAGUACACCCAAUAAUGAGGAAUCAACUUCAACCACCACUACUACUACCACAACAACAACACUUCCUCCUGAACCAACAAACAACAAGAAGGGUGAUGCAGACAGCAGCAGCAUUAUCAAUAGUUCUGUGUGGGUGCGUGUACCACUACUGAUUGUGGUUACACUGGCCUGUAUUCUUGUGGGCUGA